UUUGAGAGAAUUUUUACAAUUUACAGUUUAUCUUAUUUAUGCGAAAUGCUAUAAAUAUGUGAUGAAUUUCUUCGUGAUAUUAUCAAAAAUGAUAAUCGUUGCUCCUGUACAACAGGGGACUCGGAAAUCGCGGGAUCUGAGUUUCGUCCAAACUCUUAUGAUCUUCACCAAACCCUAGAUUUGUGCGAAAACCCAGAAGAAAUGAGCUCCGCGUACACCAUUUUGCUUUGAUCUGUGAGUUCGCUUUGUAUAUUCUAUCUUUGGGUUGUUUUUGGGUGGCGGUUCAGUUCCAAAUUGGGUUUUGAUUCGGGAGGCCAUUCAUUCUCCUGUCUUGGUCAGUAUUUGGCGUUUUAAAGUAUAUUGAUUUGUUAGUGCCCGGCUGUGUCUGUUUGUUGCAAGAAAAGAGGGGAUUUUUAUUGGGUUCAGAGUGUGAGAUAUUGUGUACUUGUUCUUUCGGAGUAUAUUGAUUUGUUUCCACCCAGCUGUAUCUGUUAUUGCAAGGAAAAGAGAGGAUUUCUAUUGGAUUUUGAGUUUGAGACUUGAUGUUUUCAGUUUUUGUUGUUGGGUUACUGUCUUUUGGAUUUUUUUUAGUGGAAACUAAAGAUUUAUCUAUUGGGUUUUGAGUUUAAGACUUGAUAUUUGCUGUUUUUGUUGCUGGGUUGUUGUCACUGGAUUUGCUUAGUGACUAGAGAUUUCUCUAGCUCUGCGGCAAGGUUUGGUGAACUGGGUCUGAAUUUGGACGAUUGAAGAGAGGGACGGGAAUUGUACGGUUGGGUGUCGAUGAUAGGAGGGGGGAGAUGAGAGAGGGAGUUGAGGGAUUGGGGGGACAACAAUGACUGCAGGGUCAUUGGGUCUUCGUAGUUCAGGAAGUUAUGGAUCAUUGCAACAACAGCUCCAGAAUGGCGCAUUGGCAAUCCAGACAACACCCCCGCUUGCCUCCCGCAAACCUUCUAAGAUGCUCAAAGAGAAGGAUAGUUUGUUCUCUUGGAUCUACAAACUUGUAGGCCGCACCAAGGUUGGAAUGCUGCUUCUGUGUAUUGUUUCGGCUGCAGUUUUUGUAUGGGUACUGUAUGUUGCUAAAGGAGAAGAUGCACAGGAACAUGAUGGCAUGCGGACUAUUAAAAUUAAUAACGGCUUGGAUUUGAGUUAUUCUGGAUCUUUCACUCUACCUGGAGAAGAAAAAGAGGGUAAUGAUACAUAUUUUUCUACAAAGAAUGGCAUGAGGAAUAGUGGAAAUAUAUCCCAGCCUCCUCCUCCUCCUCCUCCACCACCACCACCACCACCACCACUUCCUUCUCUUCCUCCUCCUGCUCCUGCAUAUUUUACAGGAUAUACUCUUCCUCCCGGGAAUCCUUGUGAAAGUUUCACAUUGCCUCCACCACCAGCAGAUAAAAAGAGGACAGGACCACGCUCAUGUCCGGUAUGUUACCUUCCAGUUGAAGAAGCCGUUGCCUUAAUGCCAAAUGCUCCAUCGUUUUCUCCUCUGCUUAAACAUCUAACUUAUAUUCAUGAAGAAAAUUUAAGUAUAAGUGAGUUUGGAGGCUCAGAAUUUGGCGGAUAUCCUUCUCUAAGGCAGAGGGAUGAUUCCUACAAUAUAAGAGAAUCAAUGAGUGUGCACUGUGGAUUUGUCAGAGGAAUUAAGCCUGGCCAUCAGACAGGAUUUGAUAUUGAUGAUUCUGACCUGCUUGAAAUGGAGUUCUGUCAUGGGGUAGUGGUUGCGUCAGCAAUCUUUGGAGCCUAUGAUUUGAUACAGCAGCCAAAGAAUAUUAGUGACACUGCCAAGAAAAAUGUUUGCUUCUUUAUGUUCGUCGAUGAAGAAACAGAAAUAUUUCUGAGAAAUGCAAGUCAACUGGAAAAUAGCAAAAAACUUGGAUUGUGGAGAGUUGUUGUCAUCCAUAACCUUCCUUAUACAGAUCCAAGACGUAACGGAAAGGUUCCAAAGCUUCUUUUGCACAGGCUUUUCCCAAAUGCCCGGUACUCUCUCUGGAUUGAUGGAAAACUUCAGCUUGUUGUGGAUCCAUAUCAGAUUCUUGAAAGAUUCUUGUGGAGAAAAAAUGCCAGCUUUGCAAUAUCAAGGCACUAUAAACGCUUUGAUGUGUUUGUAGAAGCAGAGGCAAAUAAAGCUGCUGGAAAGUAUGACAAUGCGUCCAUUGACUUCCAGGUUGAUUUUUACAAAAGCGAGGGUUUGACAUCAUAUUCUGAGGCUAAACUGCCAAUUACAAGUGAUGUUCCUGAAGGAUGUGUAGUAAUAAGGGAACAUAUUCCCAUCUCCAAUCUCUUGACUUGUCUUUGGUUCAAUGAAGUCGACCGUUUUACUUCCAGAGACCAGAUUAGUUUUUCUACCGUGAGAGACAAAAUUAUAUCUAAGACCAACUGGACUAUCAAUAUGUUUUUGGACUGCGAGAGGCGCAACUUUGUAGUCCAGGGCUACCAUAGAGAUGUUCUGGAGCACUGGGCUCCUCCGCUGCCUCCUGGAUCUAUUGCUGUUCAUCCUCCUCCUCCACCACCACCACCACCACCACCACCACCAUUUGUUGAGAAAACACAAACAAAUAAAACCUCACCUGAGAUUCUACCAGAAGGCAGUAUGGUUACAAAUCCCAUUCGGAAGAUCCCAACAAAGCGGAAAGAAAGGAGAUCAAAGCGUCACCGCAAGGUUGCAGCUGGCAGUAGGGACACCAGUUUAGGUCAAAAUUUUAUUUAGGAAAAUUUUGAUAUAUAUAUAUAUAUACCUUCCCUGUUCAAAAUCAUCCAUCCAUUGCAAGGCCGGGAAAAUACGUUACAGGAUGAUGAGUAGUGGUGGUUGUGUUUCAGCUCUUUUUAUAGUUUUCUCAAAUUCAAUUUUGUCCAUUUUUUGUUGUAUAUAUGCUCAAGUCUCCAUUAAUAUUUACAUGGGUUGCUGCCAUUCCUCACGUGCAACCAACUAUUUGUUGUUUAA